AUGGCCACCUACCAAACCCCGGAGGAUGACCCAAUGGCUUUAAUGAUCCACGACACCAACACAGCCAAAGAGAAAGAGCGACAAAAAGAGGAGCCCGCCCAGGACAAAGUGUCGGAGAAGCCGGAUCCGUCUCAGAAACCACCGUACUCCUACGUCGCUCUCAUUGCCAUGGCUAUUCGGGAGAGUUCGGAGAAGCGCCUCACCCUCUCUGGUAUAUACCAGUAUAUUAUCAGCAAAUUUCCUUUCUACGAGAAGAAUAAAAAAGGCUGGCAGAACAGCAUCCGGCAUAACCUGAGUCUAAACGAGUGCUUCAUCAAGGUUCCGCGGGAGGGCGGCGGGGAGAGGAAGGGGAAUUACUGGACACUCGACCCAGCCUGCGAGGACAUGUUUGAGAAGGGGAACUACAGGAGACGCCGCAGGAUGAAGCGGCCUUUCAGACCUCCACCGACGCACUUCCAGCCAGGAAAAGCCUUGUUCGGAGGAGACGGCUACGGCUACCUGUCCCCGCCCAAGUACCUGCAGUCCAGCUUCAUGAACAACUCCUGGUCGUUAGGCCAGCCGCCUACCCCCAUGUCUUACACGUCCUGUCAGAUGGCCGGCGGCAACGUCAGUCCAGUGAACGUGAAAGGGUUGACAGCACCCACGUCAUAUAACCCCUAUUCCCGGGUACAGAGCAUGGCGCUGCCCAGCAUGGUGAACUCUUACAACGGCAUGAGUCACCAUCACCACCCCGCUCAUCCCCACCAUGCGCAGCAGCUGAGCCCGGCCACCGCGGCGCCGCCCCCCGUCUCCUCCAGCAACGGAGCGGGCCUCCAGUUCGCCUGCUCCCGCCAGCCCGCGGAGCUCUCAAUGAUGCACUGUUCUUAUUGGGAACACGAGACCAAACACUCCGCGUUACACACGAGGAUUGAUAUUUGA